GUGUUGCUGUUUGAAGUAAUGGGAAUCUGAAGGUUAUCUUUGGCUCUUAUUACACGACAGACUCUUUAAUUAAAUCUGAAUAAGUUCCUAUAUCAAUAAAGGUUUUAAUUACGGUUGCAUUAUAAAAUGGUGGACAAGGGUUGGGUGCACCUUUGCAGAGUUGAUCCUGCUUAUGAGAGAGGGGCUGCAAACUUUGUACGGACUGUGGCUGCGGCAAUGGGAGACGUUGAUAUGAUUGUAUGUCCUUGCAUUGAUUGUCGUAAUAUAGAUCGUCACUCAGCCAGUGUUGUAGUUGAUCAUCUUGUAACAAGGGGAAUGGACGAGCCUUACAAGAUGCGGUCUGAUUGGUAUCAUCAUGGAGAAUUGAAUCCAGUGGUUGGAGGUGAAAGCAAUCAAAAUCAGUGGCAUGAUGAAAUUGUUGGGUUAUAUGAAGCAGCUGAAUAUUUGGAUGAAAAUGAUUUCCCUGCUUACGGGAAUCUAGCUGGCUGCAAAGUAAAGGGAAAAAUGGGAUGUCCUCUAUGUGGGAAAAAUACCGAUAGCAUGUGGUUGAAGUUCAGCAGAAAACAUGUCUACAUGUGCCACAGGAAGCGGCUGCCACCAACACAUCAUUUCAGAAUGAAGAAGUCUUGGUUUGAUGGAAAAGCUGAAAAUGGCAGGAAGAGGAGAAUAUUAAGUGGUCAGGAAAUUUACCAAAACCUGAAAAAUUUUAAGAAUAACUUUGGGACUUUGAAACAAUCUGCAAGUAAAAGGAAAAGGACGGUUUCUGUUGAAGCAGGCUCUGAUAGUGAUGGUGAGUCUAGUGAAUCAGAGGAGGAUGAAGAGGACCAAGUAGAUGAGGAGGAAUUAUCAAGAUGGAAGAAAAGGUCAAUUUUUUUCAAGUUAGCUUAUUGGCAGGACCUUCCUGUGAGACAUAACUUAGAUGUCAUGCAUGUGGAGAGAAAUGUGGCUGCAAGUAUUAUAUCGACAUUGUUGCAUUGUGGGAAAUCCAAAGAUGGACUAAAUGCUCCAAAAGAUUUGGAGGUGCUUGGUAUUAGAAAGGAUUUGCAUCCUAAAACCAAAGGAAAAAGAACAUACCUUCCUGCAGCUUCUUGGUCCCUAUCAAAGACAGAGAAGAAGAUCUUUUGUAAGCGGCUUUAUGACUUCAAAGGUCCAGAUGGGUACUGCUCAGACAUAUCAAGAGGCGUCUCAUUAGAUGAGUGUAAGGUCUCUGGUCUUAAAUCACACGAUUAUCACGUCUUAAUGCAACAACUUCUGCCUAUUGCUCUUAGAGGGUUGCUACCUAAAGGUCCUAGGGUAGCAAUUGUGCGCUUAUGCACAUUCUUCAACCACUUGUGUCAGCGAGUAAUUGAUAUGGAGCAGCUUUUGGCACUAGAAGCUGAGAUUGUUGAAACCCUUUGCCUGUUUGAAAGAUAUAUGAAAGUUCUGAAGGAUUUUAUGAGAAACACUGCAAGACCAGAAGGGUGUAUAGCUGAGUGUUAUCUAGCUGAAGAAUGCAUACAGUUUUGUAGUGAAUUUUUGAAGAAGGCAACAAAUGUUCAGGAAAGUGUUGAUAGAAAUACUGAGUAUGAGAACAACUCUAUACUUGAGGGGCGUCCAAUCUCUGCAUGCUCUUAUAUUAAUCUUACUGAAAUGGAGACAAAAAUAGCCCAUAUGGCUGUCAUCCAGAAUAUGGCUGUCUCCGAAUCUUAUGUGGACACCUGCAACAUCUUCAAGACUCAAAUGGAAGAUGCAGACGUGAUGCAUCACUGUUAUGGAAUACCUCUUGAUUCAAACAGACACGAAGAAACACUUAAAUGGUUAGCUUAUGGUCCACGUAGUUGUGCAAGGACAUAUACUGGUUAUAUAGUGAAUGGGCAACGAUUUCAUACAAGAUCAGUGGAUAAAAAAACUCAGAAUAGAGGUGUUUUCUACGAGGCAACUGCAAUCUGUAGGUCCAGUGCAAAAGACACUUCCCAAGUGGUGGAUUUGGUAUCAUACUAUGGCUGCAUAACUGACAUUAUCUUGCUGGAUUAUAAUGUAUUUUACGUUCCAUUAUUCCGCUGCAACUGGGCAGUAAAAGGCAAUGGAGUGAAGCAAGAAGAUGGUUUUACACUUGUAAACCUGAAUCAUAGUCAAGUCUCAUUUUUAAGGGAUCCGUACAUACUAGCCUCUCAAGCAAAACAAGUGUUUUACCUAAGGGAAGAUGACUCAUCACCUUGGUAUGUUGCAUUGAGAGGUCCUUCAAGAAGAUUCAGUCAGAAAGAGUUUCUAGAUUCAGUUGCAGACAUUGGCACAUUGCCACCAAAUGUUGACAUCGACGUUGACUUGGAUGAAGCUGAGAAUGAGAGAUCUGAUUGUGAAGGGAUAUAUAAAAAGCGAUGCAGAAGUAACAAAAAAAAGGAAGCAAAGCAUGCCAAUGAGGAGGUCGAGUAUCUGGGUACAGUUGAACCACAAGUCAAUGAUGAGGAUGAACAUGUAGCACCGGCUGAAGUUCAAGUAGCAGAUCCAGAUCAAAUAGAAGAGGCUGAAGUUCAAGUAGCAGAUCCAGAUCAAGUGGAAGAGGCUGAAGUCCAAGUAGCAGAUCCAGAUCAAGUGGAAGAGGCUGAAGGAGAGCUUGUAUUAUCUGAGGGUUAUGAUUGUGCUGAGCCAAAGCGUAAGAGACAUCGAGGACCAACGAGGCUGAAGGAUAUUGCCAAGGAUCCAAAUACGAGAGUAAGAGUAGAGUUCACUAACAUGGGAGAGCCUAUUGGUAAAGGCUCAGUUAAACUGGCAUCCUAUGUAGGCGCAUUGGUAAGAGAACACGUUCCAAUCACAAUUGAUCGUUGGACAAAAAUAGGUGAAGAAGUCAGGACAGUUCUCUGGAAAUCUGUCCAGGCAAGGUUUGAACUAGAUGAAGAGUACCAAAAGGUUACAGUGCUUAAGCAGAUGGGAUGCUUGUGGAGGUCCUGGAAAUCAAGGCAAGUUACAAACAUUAGAGAAGCUAAGACUAACCAAGAGAGGAUGAACAUGCGACCUAAAAAUAUUUCUCCAUUUGAUUGGCGUAAAUUUGUGAAGCUCAAAACUAGCAAAGAAUUUAAGAAAACUGCUAGUGUAGACCCAUCUGAAGUGACACGCCUAAAGGUUUGGGUUAAGUCACGUACUAAGAAAGAUGGUACACCAGUGAAUACGAAUGUUGCUGAAAAGAUUAAAAAGGCAGAGGAGAUUGUUAACAGUGAUAAUCCAUCACAUGCAACAAAUGAAGCACAAGAUUCACUAAACCAACUGUUAGGGCUUGACAAUCCUGGUAGAAUGAGAGCAAUGGGUCGCAAUAUGAAUAAGACCAAGUUAGCUUGUUUCCAAGUGAAGCACAAGUGUAUGGCUGAAAUGCAAGAGAAUCAGCUUCAUCUCCAGAAGAAGGUCAAUGAGCUACAAGAUGUAAUUGAGAAAAUGAAGAACCAGAGACAAUCACCUGAAGUAGGUGAAAACUCAGCUGCAAGAAGUGUGAACAAAAAAUCACAACCAAAAUGUGUCUUACUUGAUUGGGCUGGUUCUGAUGUAAAAGUUGCUGAGGGAUGUAUUAUUUCUUCUGAUCCGGGUGAAUUAGUUAAUGAUUGUCGCUUAGGCCCUACGGAUGUUAAAGUCUUGAUUGACACUGCUAUUGAACCAGAAGCAUUCCUUUGGAGACCUGCGGCUAACAUGUUCACCAUUGAGAAAGCUGUUGGACAUAUGAUUGCAUGGCCUGCUGCUAUGUGUGUUAACCUAGAAGAGGAUCUCCAACAAGAAGACAUUGAAGGCCAGGGACCAAGACCUAAAUCUGUGAACAAAUGCAAACUACUGGAUUUGUCUUCAAAUGAGAUUGUUGUUGCAGAAGGACGUUGGCAGACACAAGAACAAAACGCAUUAGUCAAUGGGCUUCCUCUCGGACCAGCAGCAGUGAAGAUAUUUGUCGAUGCAGUUCUUCAACCAGAGACAUUUAUAUGGAGGCCAACGAUGGAUGUGACAUACUUUGAGGACUGUUUAAAGUCUUAUGUAGCAUGGCCUGUCCACAAAGUGAUCUUUGAAAACCCUACAGAUGCAACAUGUCAGAAAUCUCCACUUCAGACUUCUGCUGCAAGAGGAAAAUCACCAUUGGAAGCAGCAGCAUCAGUAGGAAAAUCAGCAGCAUCAGAGAAAGCAGCAGCAUCAGGGAAAGCAGCAGCAUCAGGUUCACAAAUUGCAGCAGCAUCAGGUUCACAAACUGUAGCAGCAGGUUAUAAGCCAUCCCCUGAGAUAUCUACAACAAAAGGUACAAAAUCCGUUGCAACAGUUUCAAAAGCUCUAGCUGAGAAGUCCACAGCUACAGGUUCAAAGUCUCCUGUCAAGAAAAGUCAGCUGCUGGAUUCACAACUCCCUCUAAGAAGAUCUCCGCGUAAAAGUGUAGCUGAAGUUAUCAAGGCCAAUCAGAAGUGUAAGUUAAUGGAUAUUAGUGGAAAGAAGCAGGUGGUUGCUGAAGGACGUGUGCAUUCAAUCGACCCAGACCUAAAGGUACACCAUGUUCGAUUGGGGUCUAAUGCAGCUAGAGUUUGGGUGGAUGUAGUGAAAAUAGAUGAUGCAGCAGUUUGGAGGCCAUCAGAUGAAAUCGAGUAUAUGAGAGAUUCACUUGGUUCAGCUAUUGCAUGGCCAAUGGAUAAGUUGGUCAUCUAUUGAGUUUAAGAAUAAACUGGGGGAAUGAAGACACUUUGGUCCAGGUUAGCUAGUUUAAAUUAGAUUAAGACUAGACUAAUCAACUUGUGUUAUGUAAUUCGGAAUCAGACUUGUUGUCUACUUUGGAUUUAGACUUAUGUUAUGUUGAAUGAUUUGUAUGGAUUUUUUCUCUAUGUUGGAUUGGAUUCAGACUUAAAUAAAAUUUCUAUUCAGAC